UGCAAUGCAUUUUCGUGGGAACCUUUCGUCAAAAAGUAUUACUGAAUAGAGAAUCAUUUUUUGACAGUUGAUUUUAUUUCGUUGAUAGCAUAAAGUGUUUUAUCAGGGUGGUUGCUGCAUUAACCUGAACUGUCGACAAAACAAAACUAUCAAAACAAAAUGAACUUGACCAACAAGGAGCAUGGCGGCUGGCUAACAAGGGAUGCUAACAUUACAAGAAGAAGAAAGCGAAGAAGAAAGAGAAGAAGAAGCGGGAAAGUUUUUGGAAACGACGACCGCAACGCUUGCGACAGAAGACUUGGAGAGGAUGGACAAAAAGAAAAUUACAACAAAAAAGAGGUUAAGAGUUCCCACAAAGAAAAUGAAGGACCUGCAUAAUUCUCCUCCCCCAAGUGAGCAAUCUGGUAAGUCUCUAUGUAUGUGUGGCAAAGCGGACUACGGAUAAAACAAAUUGCAGUGUAGCAUGUAGCUAACAAACUGGAAACAGGACUUUAUUAGUUUGUUUAGUAUUUAAAGAACAGCUGAGAAUGCCACCUUGGGAAAGUCGCCCCAAGGAAGUUAGGUAACAGUACCCUAAUUGUAAUGAGGCCACACACCUCUAAGACAGCGAUGGGCAAGCUCAUCCUACUGCAUAUGCUUUAAAAUGCAUAUAGGGAUGGGGAGAGGAAAUAAUCAUAACAUUGUUGUCCAAAUGAGGUGACAAAUACCAGUCCAAAUUUGUAUACUCAAAUAAAACAUUUUAAACACUUUCUCUUUUGCACUCUCUCUUUCAGGGUGUUUGGCAUUCGUCAGAUGGGAGGACGGUUAUACCGGCAAAAUCUUUAGACAUUUUGUCAAGAUAUGAAGCUCCUGUGCAGAUCUUAGAACAGGAGAUUCUGUUUUAGCAAAGUGGUCAGAUGGUAAAUUUUAUAGGGCAACUGUUGAAUAUAUUUCAGGAAAAGAUCAGACUCAGUCACCAAAAGGCUGCCAAACUCCGCAGGAGUCAUUUUUAAAUAUGUUGGAAGCCAAUGAGCCAUCACACUCAACAUCAGGGUCUGACACCAUUACAGUAGAUCGGAACCCACUGUCUGAACAUGAUAGUAUCACAGCGCUGAAUCUAUCAAGUGACGGGGCACUUGUAACAGGCAGCAACACUGUUGGACCACCACCACCCUAUGGAGAGACCAUUUCAGAUGGAAACCUAAUUUUACUUUAUCGACCCACCCGCUACGCUUGGGUGGCAUGGUAAUGCGCAGAUCGUUUCCCCAAGAUGCAGACGAAACUACAGAGGCAGCGUGCAGAUGAAUGUGUUUGACUUCACCCUCAUCUGUGCAUUUAUUCAACUGGGUUAUCAAAACCCACUGAGUUCUUCGACUCUCAAGCCAAACGUUCUGGUUGUGGAGGUAAAUGGUGCGUUGGGCCAACAAGCCCUCAAGUGCUUGCACUCAGCAGAGGAAGUAAUGAGAGGCGAUGACAAGGAUAUAUUGUGGAAGAAGAACGGCGCAGAGGAAGCACAGAGGGGUAAUUCAUACCUGGUGCAGCUGGAAGAGAGUUUAGGAGGAGGCAACUACAGCUGCUACAGCAAGGACGGGUCUCUCCUCAAUCACACUCUCGUCCUGAUUCAAGAGGGCAACACAGAUAAAAGAAAGAUUCUAGUGAAAAGUGACCUAGGGAAUUAUUUAAAGUGCUCAACUAAAAAUUUCGAGGGAGCGUUCCACUGCUCUUGGACCUGGGACAGGUUUCGUGUUGGAAAAGUGGAACUUAUCAUAGCUAAACGAGAAAGGAGUUGUUCAGUGGACACCAGUGGUCAUCGCUCGGCAUGCAAUUUUAGUUGCUCAGAGGACGGCACCGGACACGGUAUCUCCUGUGUGGACGAGCAUUACUGCGCCUAUGCUGAAGAGAACAGUCGCAUCAACGUCACGGUCUACGUGAGGACGGAUGAUUUCCUGGUGGAGAGAUACGAAAAGCUCUUCUUUCUGUCCGAAAUAGUGAAACCUGACAAAGUGAAAAUACGUAGAGUCAACCCUACGACGAUGGAAUGGACUUACCCAAGCUCCUGGAGCAGCCCCUACUCUUACUUCCCCCUGACGUUCGAAGUUUUAGAGCGCCGACGUGGGUGCAAAACAUGUGACAAACCCUGCCAUGAGUCAGCCAGUGCAAAGAACAUAACAGUGCACUCCUUGAGCACUUGUCAGUUUGAGGUCAAGCGCAAGUCUGGGAUUUUCUGUGUCCGAGCCAAGGAUGCUCUCUGCCACUCACAAUGGAGCGAAUGGAGCCACCUAAGUAUAGAAUGAGGAAGAGGAGGAAAAACAUAAAGAGUGUACCAGCCAUCAAAGCAGAUAAUGUGUGUAGUACAUAAAAGCACACUGGACCUCCCUAUUAUAUUUAUCACCUCUAUUGUAUUUAUUACAUAUGCUAUAUAUUU